AUGAAAGUUUUGUGCGUUGCUGAGAAGAAUUCCAUUGCUAAGGCUGUUUCGCAGAUCUUGGGAGGAGGCAGGCUAAACACACGUGACUCAGGAUACAUGUAUGUGAAGAACUAUGACUUUGACUUCAAUGGUUUUCCCUUCAUUAGCAAUGGCAGCAACUGCCAAGUCACCAUGACGAGUGUAGCAGGUCAUUUAACGGGGAUUGAUUUUGCCAACGACCGAUACGGAUGGGGGAAAUGCAAUAUAAAUGAACUGUUUGAUGCGCCGCUCGAUGAAGUACUCGAUAGCAAUCAAAGGAAGAUAUCGAGCAAUAUAAAAAAGGAAGCUAGAAAUGCUGAUUUUUUAAUGAUAUGGACGGAUUGCGACCGUGAAGGCGAAUAUAUUGGAUGGGAGAUUUUUCGUGAAGCAAAUAGAGGGAACAGUAGCUUGACUCAAGCUGUUAUGUAUCGUGCCAUAUUCUCGCAUUUGGAGAGAGGUCACAUUUUGCAUUCUGCAAGGAACCCACAGAGGCUAGACAUGCGAAGCGUGAAUGCCGUGAGCACAAGAAUGGAAAUAGAUCUUCGAGCUGGUGUUACUUUCACGAGACUACUUACGGACACGAUGAGAAAUAAAGUGAUGAGUGCCAAUGGUGCUGUACGACCUUCCCAUCAUAGCAACAAUAACAAUAACAAUAACAAUAAUAACACAAGGGAAAAAAAAGAUGCCCCAAUCGUAAUAUCCUAUGGCACCUGUCAGUUUCCCACGCUGGGAUUUGUUGUGGAUCGGUUUGAGAGAAUACGAAAUUUUAUAUCAGAGGAGUUCUGGUACAUUCAAUUACUGCUGAAAGAUGGCGAUAUCAAUACAACCUUUCAGUGGCAAAGAGGCCAUUUAUUUGAUAGACAUAGCGUGUUGACCUUCUAUGAAGUUUGUAUCGAAAAAGCGGGCAACAUAGCCAAGGUAAAUGAUCUAAAAUCCAAACCCACAUCAAAAUAUAGACCACUCCCACUAACUACAGUUGAAUUACAGAAAAAUUGCGCAAGAUUUUUGAAGCUUAAAGCCAAGGAGUCUUUAGAUGCUGCUGAGAAGUUAUAUCAAAAAGGCUUUCUUUCAUACCCUAGAACUGAGACCGAUAUCUUCCCGCAAAGCAUGGAUUUAAAAUCUCUUGUCAAAAAACAGGCUAUGUUGGAAACCAGCGAUCAAAAUUCGAGGACUUCUUGGGCUGCGUAUGCGGAAGAACUACUCUCUGACUCUCCCGGGACCAACAAAUUUACAAUUCCAAGAAGUGGUACGCACGAUGAUAAAGCGCACCCACCUAUUCAUCCAGUGACUAGUUUGGGUCCUCAAGCCAACAUUUCAGCUGUAGAACGUCGAGUUUACGAAUAUGUAGCUCGACACUUUUUGGCGUGCUGUUCAGCAGAUGCUAAGGGACAGACAACUACGUUAACAAUAGAUUGGGCAGAAGAAAUUUUCACUGCGAGUGGACUUAUAGUACUUGAAAGAAAUUUUCUUGAUGUUUAUCCCUGGGCCAAAUGGGAAACGACGAAACGCUUACCACGACUAGAAAUGAAUCAAGAAUGUAAAAUAGAAAAAGCGGAGAUGCGUUCCGGGAGCACCUCGCCACCUAAUCCAAUGACAGAAAGUGAGUUGAUUAUGCUGAUGGAUGCCAAUGGAAUUGGUACAGAUGCAACAAUUGCUGAACAUAUUGAAAAGAUUCAAUUAAGAAAAUAUAUAAAGAGUGAAAAAUCUGGUAAGGAAACAUAUCUUCAACCUACAACUCUAGGCGUCGCUUUAGUUCAUGGGUUUGAAGCGAUUGGGCUGGAAGACUCAUUUGCAAAACCAUUUCAAAGAAGGGAAAUGGAGGUAGAUCUAAAAAAAAUCUGUGACGGCAAUAAAACGAAAAAUGAGGUUGUUGUUGAUAUUGUUGCUAAGUAUAAAAAAUACUGGGCAAAGACUGAUAGCUCAAAGAGUAAACUCUUGGAAGUUUACGACAAUGUCCUAAGGUCAAUGUCUUGA